GUCCACAGAAUGAGCAAGCAGAACAAAGAGGAAGUUCUGGAUAAAGCAGUAAAAGAUUUGGCAGCUGUGACUGAUCAAUAUUUGUCCCGGCUAGUUAAGGAACUGCAAGGGACUGAUUUCUGGAAGCUAAGACGAGCAUAUUCUCCUGGGGUUCAAGAAUAUGUUGAAGCUGCAACACUUUGUAAUUUCUGCAAGACAGGGACUCUAUUAACUCUUGAUGAGAUGAAUGCGACCUUGCUCCCAUUAAGUGAUCCUUCUGUUGAACCCUUGCAGAUUAACAUCUUAGACUAUAUCUUAGGGCUUGCGGACUUGACAGGAGAAUUAAUGAGGUUAGCAAUCGGUCGAAUUUCAGAAGGGGAACUUGAUUUUGCAGAGAAGAUCUGCAGUUUUGUGCGUGAAAUUUACAGGAACCUUACUCUUAUUGCCCCAGAGAUGGAUGAUAGUUCAGACAUGAAACAGAAAAUGGAAACAAUGCUCCAGAGUGUGAUGAAGAUAGAAAAUGCUUGUUUUAGUGUUCAUGUAAGAGGAUCGGAGUAUAUUCCCCUUCUUGGACCUGCUGAUACCAGUUAUCCACUGUUGGGCAUGCCAGACAUUGAAUGAAGAAGCAGAAAGAUAAGUUCUUGUUUGCUGUUGAAGUUGUUGAUGCAGCUCUCCCAGCCUGCAUAUACACACGGGGCAGAGCGUCUUUGUUGGGCUGCACUUCCGCAUGUGCUUUUGCAAGGUACUUUGGUGCAACGAUUUGCAUCUUCGUAUUUGAAUUGACACAUUUUGUAAUUACUCCAGUCCACCUAGUGAACUUUAUGCGACUUUGUAGCGGAGAUUGUAUAGCUUACAAGUACUCUAUUUCCUCCUACUGACCUACAAGAUGGAUACCUUUUUUGCGAAAUCGUUGCCAGAGUUUGUUUUCUGAGAUGAUUUUAGACUAGUACACACUCUUUAUUUACCCAGAAGGUAUUCUGAAUCAAUGUUCUUUUUGUUGUUAUUAUUGUAUUUCAUAGCUUUGAAACUUA